AUGGCAACAAACGAUGCCAUGGAGUCACGGUUGACACGAAAGGACACGAAAGCGCUUUAUCGUCUCAUGAAAUUAGUUCGUGAAACUCAAUGCGAAGUCGAAAUUGUGAAACCACUUUUGAAUGAACUAGAAGUGCUGCGAUUAUGUCGAAGUUUCGGCAUGAUGUCGUCGGUGAACCCCGAUGAAUUUGACUUUGAUGGUUUACACGCGAGUGCUUUUGAUGAGGAUUUUGCACGGUUUCUUCGUUGUGAGGUGUUUGAAAACAAAUGUGCAGGGAAUGUGCAAGUCAAGGGAUUAGUUGGCAAGCAAAAUCAAGUGAUAAGGACAUUGAUCGAGAUGAAAGUGUGUCCAGAUGAAAUGAUAGUGUCACUUGCGACAGCACGAGAAGGACUCUAUUGUGUGAAAUGUGAAGCAGCUACUUGCACUGACGUACAACAAGGUCAUAAUGACAAGGAUGGUGCUACACUUGUGGUAUUUUCAUGGAUUCGAAAUGAAUUAUUUGAACCACAAGCACUUCGGGAGACCCUUGCACUUGUGCUGCGAUUUCUGACUGUCUUGACUCCAGAUAUUAUCUGCUGCGCGUCAGAGUUAGAUUUGGAACAACUGAGAGCUGCUUUGAUUGACUCCGAGCAGCAAGAAGAGGAGAAUUUGGCGUCGUUUUCUGUUUCUUUUUCCGUUGAAAGGCAAGAUGACGCACAUGAUGGUACGGUAUGUGUAGCACGCAGUUCUGUUGACUUGGAGGAAUGUAUGAAAGAGUGUUUGAGUGUACAAUUGCUGAAAGGCAGUUACUCGGCGUUACUGUUGACAAAAAAGAGUGAGCCGAUCAUUCGUACGGAACCUUUUCAGCGGACAUUUUCUGCUUCUGCGCAGUUGUCUUUUGCAGCGUGGUUAAAGACUGAGUCGCAGCAACAUCGGAUUGAAUUAAGCGGGACAAUUGCUCGGUCACCAACUCUUUGUGAGAGUAUUCUUCGAGAGUUUGAAAUGUGGCCAGAAGAGCAGGCCAAAGCUUCUCGUGCAGCUUUUAACAAGGAGAAACAAGAAAAGUAUGAGCUAGUUAGCCGGCAAUUGGAGAAUGAUAUUGCGAAACAACGUGCUGCUGUAAGAAAGAUAGCAAGUUCACUGUUUCAAGUUGGCUCUAACGGAUCGUCAGAUGUAGCCAUUACCGUGUCAAAGCAGGAAGCGGACACCGAAUACAACGUUUUUCGGAAAUGGGUUCAAGCAAAGGGUUCCUGGAAGCUUGAUUGCAAAUCAAAACUAAAAUUGGACAUUCCUGCUCGCCUUCGAGACAUUGAACGACCACUUUUUGAGCUUUACUUGCAGAAUCACGAAGUAGAUCUUGCGGCCCUUCUGAGCAUGUGUGCUACAUCUACCAAAGCACAUCUUUUGCAAGCUGUCGCUAAGCGUCAACCAUUGCAUGGUACAAAAAUCGUGUCCUCUGUCGAUGCGUGGAACUCAUACAGAGAUAAAGUUGCUGAUUCACUGUCCAAGCUGCAACGGCAGUGGUGGCUUGCUGUUGAGAGUAGCUUCGCAGCAGUGAAGACGGCUGAGCUUGCAAAUCUAACACGUGACCAAAAGCAAUCUACGCAUGACUUGAAUGCUGCCACGAAGCACGCCACACAAAUCGAGUUAGAAAGACUACGCAAGACACUGCAGUCAAACAGCGGCUUGUGUUUGACCUUAUGUGCAACUAUGCGGAAGGAGGUUGUUUGCUGCAAUGGCACAAAGGAGCUGCAAACACUGGUCUCGGAGUUUCAGGAAGUUGUAAAACUAGAGGUUGAUGAGCGCGCGUUGAAUAGCGUGGGUCUGGAGAGAUUGGGUCAUCACUUCUUAGACCCGGAAGAGACGCAAGUGAUGAUGUUUACUGUCAAGACGAGGUCUGCCGUUCAGGUCUGUACGUCGAGGGAGAGAAUGUGUAUCAAUUUUAUCCAUUUUCCACCUGUUGAUGAUGGCCACCAGUCAUCGUCUCCAGGGAGCAAAAAGGAACUCCGCGCAUUUGGGAAAAUUGCAUCAGUUUGCGACUACAAUUGCCACUCUAGGACUAUGACAUUUCUUUCGGAAGAUUCUGUAGGACUAUACAAGUUCGACGAGGCCUUUAAGCGAAUGGACCUCAUUAAAGUUAUUGACUUGGGCGUUCGUUCCACCUUGACCGCUCUGCCGUUUACGGAUGCGGUUUUGCUGAAGAGCACUGUGUAUGUGACAGACUCAAGCGGUUGCUUUCAAGGCAUUGACAUUCAUACUGAUGAAGUAUCUAGCGCAACGAGCAUGCUCAACAAUGCUGGACAAAACGCUCAAGUCAGUCGCCUCAUGCCGUUUGCCGAUCAACUUGCUGCUGGCGUGGUGUCUGUGAGGCCUCACGAUGGUGGAAGUUAUGAGGGGAAGCUUGAGUGUGUCUGUCUUGACGACUUCCAUCGCCUACCUGUUUUACCUCUGGGUAUAGAAUUUUUGACCGAUGUUCUACAUGUGCAACGCGUUGAUAAAGGUAUCCUCGUAGUUGAUACCGUAGCGCAAAAGCUGUAUCGAUUUCUAAUCGAAGUGACUGUCCACAGUAGUUCCUACCGGCUAAGCCAAUUUGACGAGAACGGAGACGAAGACAAAGACACAACAGCAUCCGAGACAGUAGAAAGCAGCGAAAAAUGUCUGCGGAAGCAGCACUGGCUGUACACAUUUUACCACGUCUUUGAGAAAUUCCCGGUUAUUGGUCUGCUGAAUGAUCGGCCACGACGACCCGUACCUGUGUCUAUUCUCGUUACUUGCCCUGUCAGCGAGAGCAUCGACAUUUCUCUAGAAAAUUGCCACGAUUUUUUUUCGUUGCUGAUGAGCGACUUGAUGGCACUCAAUAAACCAUUGUACGGGUUGGACCUGACGAAAAAGCUUGGUGUGAGGCAUGCUUCAUCAGUCGGAGCAACAAUGGAAUCCAUGUCUUUGAGGACGUUUUUCCUGGCACUUAUCACGUUUUUGCCAAUCCAGAUUUGUCGUGCUGAGUCAAAUGCGCUAGCGUUGUUGCGGGAUGGGAUGAAUCAACCACUCGACGCUUUGGAACUUGAAACGGAAGAGAACUCAUGGGGAACGGCGGACAUUGCCGAAUCAAUACGAUUUGGUCUCUUAUCUCCGCUAUUGUGUGCUUGGCAAGGUCAUUGUGUUGUAAUCACGUCAAUGGGGAAGCAAUCAACUGGAAAAAGCUUCUUUCUCAAUCACUUGACGGGAUCGUCGUUCGCCAUUGCAGGAAAUCGCUGUACUAAUGGUGCGUGGAUGACCUUGUGUGUUAUGAGCAACGUUUUACUGGUAGUCCUAGACUUUGAAGGUUUAGGCUCAUUCGAGCGUACCGACCAAGAAGAUGUGCUUUUGGCGGUGCUAAACGCGUCACUUUCGAUGUUUACGAUUUUUCGAAUGGAGAUGCGGAUUGAUAAAGAAGUUGAUGGUCUCUUUAAGAAGUUUCAAAAGGGAAUCAAUCUCUUGAAGAAUGAAAAUCAUCUUUUCCAAGGGAAGUUGUACAUGAGCGUGAAAGACAUUAACCUGGAUGACGGCAGCGGCGUUCUCUCUGAAUUUAAAUCAAAGAUAAACAAAAUGUUAUCAGCUACCCGUGGACAGAAUUUCCUCACUGACAUGUAUUCAGGAAAAGUGAGUAUCAAUUGCUCCCCGCCGCUUGGAACUGUUAGAUAUUAUUCCUCCCUGAGUCACGCUAGGCAGUUAGUGCAGAAAGUUAUUUGCUCACAAGCAGACUCUCCCCGCUCUUUCCGAAGCGGGGACUCCUUUCACGACUGUAUUCGUUUAGUACUGGCGAAGAUUUCGACCUUGGACUGGACUACAGCUGACAGAACAUCGCAACAGCUCCAGAUGAAAAAUCUACUUCGAAAAGCACCUGGUGUCAUUCGCACUGGAUGUCUGCUCCCUGUAGACUUUCAAACAAAGGAGGAUGUACCGAAGUGCCUUAUGCAGCCAAUUGUGUACACAGAGAGUGAUAAGGUGCUUUUUCAAUUCGAAACUCUUGUCCAAGACUGUCCUGAAUGCAAACAAUGCUGGCCGGAUGCUGACCAGGAAGUCGCCUUUGACAAUGUCGAGGAUUCAAGUGUUGAUUUUGGUCCGUGCGUGUGCGCGAAGGGUAUUGAUGGUUGUGAAUCUGUCCAUUCUAUUUUUGUGGAGCUUUUUCAGCGAUAUCUGAGCUUGUCAUCGAAGGGUACCUUUGAAUUGAUCACAGAGGAUGACUAUGUGCAUUUCGAUGUCAUGUUGUGCUUUUUAGUACGCCGUCGCAAGGUCAAAGUUGCUCUGUGGGUUAAGGACUAUUUGGGACCAGACCGAUUCGUGGAUGAAUGGGACGAUUUUGAGCGCUUGCAUCUUACCCCGUUUGAAGAGAUGUUUAAAAGAUGCGCUCAGCAAUGUGUGAAAUGCCAGCUUCAGUGCAUGCGCUCAGCUUGUCAUUCGUUUGGCGAGGACCAUGAUUGCGGUUUGAGUCACGUUUGUCGCGGCUUGUGUGAGUUCUGCAUGCAAAGUUACAAUCAGCAAGACGAAAUGCCACGUUGUGUCGGUAAGGCGGGACAUGAAGGCAAAUGCAACUGCGGAAAGGGAGAUCAUACGUGCGGCAACUUGUGUGAUCUCUCAAAUGCUUCCAACUGUGAACUCGUUUGCGAACUAAAAGCCGGCCAUGAUGGAAAGCACUGGUGCUCAGUAAAGAAUCAUAUCUGUGGCAUGUCGUGCAGCGCAACAAAUUGUGGUGGGAAAUGUUUUUUGGGUGCGAAGCAUGUCCACAUGGUGCACAAGUGUGCAGCAACUCAAUGUAGUCACGAAUGCGAGAUGGAAGGUUGUCAGGAGCGUUGCAGCACAGCAAACCAUUUCCAUGACAAUCCUGCUCUAGACAUUGCGUUUGCUAGAGAAAACGGACGUUGGAUUUCGUCAUUCACGGGUAGAGAUGCUGAUAGCAUGCGGCAUGUGUGUAAUUCAAGCCACGCGUGCAACCAAGUCUGCGAAGAAUAUGGAAUUUGCAACAAGAGCGUCCGUGUCAUGCGUAGUAAGUUUUCGGGGAGUUUCGACAGUUUUGACUACGAUUCGAAGCAAAUGGUAAGUGUCCGCAACAAGUGUGCAAUUGUGCUGAAGCCCGGGCAAACGGAUCACAAAAAUGUAUUGCACUCCUGUGCAAAGCAAACAAGGAACGGAAUGGUAGAUAGCCAUGGAUGUGUGGCAAAAUGCGAAGCUUGCGAAUACUAUUGCGAAAAACCUGUCGGGCAUCGUGGAAUGCACUCAACUGCACACGGAAACAUGCGGAAGAUGCAUUUUGUUGCUAAAGAAGAAAACAAGAUCGAUUGGGACAAGCGCCUAUAUGCGCCAGGAGAGGAGGGGGUCGCUGAAAUGUGCAACUUGUACUGCUCUACGGCUGGACGAGGUCACGUUCAUUAUUUGAAAUGCUCUAGUGAAUAUGCUGGUGAAUGUGUCUACUCUGGGAUGCUCGAUCAUCGCCGUCACUGCGACAGUUCAUUGCUCUUUCCGCGACCAAAUCAUGAGGUCGACGAAGUUCUUCAUGCUGAAUAUUGGAAAACGAUUGGAUGGGAGGACCCAUGUAAUUCUGUAGUUGAACGAGCACUAUUUGCAAAGUGUCCAUACCUGUGCAACGCAUUCGAGCACAAAGGUCGAGGCAAUUCCCAGUCUGGUUGUCUAUUGCCUGCUUGGCAUCCUCCUGCUACGCCUCAGCCGUAUCUUGUGCGCAAUGAUGUUACAUACAUCAGCGGCCACCAAUUUGCUUGCUCUCAUGCCGCGUCGAAAGGCGUUUUGCACCACAUUUUCGUUUUAGACUGCUCGGGCUCAAUGAAGGGCGGCCCUUGGCAAGCACUUAAUAAGGGCGUCCGUGAGUAUUUGACAGGCCGAUUGGCGAGAGGCUUUAACCAGGAUGUUGUGUCGGUUGUUACCUUUGGAGACGCGGGUAAAACCGAGUUUGAGCGUGUUACAAUCAAAAAUGCAGCAACACGGUAUCUCAAUUUUCGCGGUGGCGGAACGUACUAUGCAAAAGGACUAAAGGAAGCCAGUGCCCUUAUUUCUCGAACGAGCAACACUGUAUACCAACCGGUGCUUCUUUUCUUCACGGACGGUCGUCCUGCUGACCGCAAACAAGGACUAAAGCUGGCACGAGAUAUUCAGAGUCGCUAUACAGUAUUUGGACUGCGAGUUUUCGUGGUUGGGUAUGGACGAGCGAGUGAGCUAGGGCUGGAGGAUCUAGCGAAUCAUCUUGGUGGAGAGGUGCAUGAAGCUUCAUCGUUUGAUAUGCUAACGGAAACGUUCCGCUCGAUCUCAACGUCAUUGGGCGCUCGCGCAGGGCUCAUUUGCAGCAGCAACGUUUAA